UUUUAUGGCAAUGAACAGAAGGAAGAAGACAGACCGUCCCAAGAAGGAUACUAUUAAACUACCCCCUGCUGCUGGUAGCAGCAGGGGGUUUAAUAUUAAGAGCACUCAGCGGUUGUACAAAGAAACUUCUUCGAUGAAUAAUAGCGACAUGUACAUCAGCAACGAAUUUAAAUAACAUACCUUUACUAAGCAGAGCGCCAACAUUUUCAGCAUCUAAGCCUGGGAGACCGGCUUCUGCGAAUCCUCAUGGCUUGAACCAUCAAUUUGCAGAGCUAAAACUGAAGGAAAUAGAACUUGAGAAGGCCAAAAACCAGUUGGUGAGAGACACGGAGAAACAGAAGUACAUCGAGAAGGAAGAAAUCGCGAAGCAAUCGUACCAAACACAGCUUGAUUUCCUGAAGCGAAAUUAUGAAGACCAGAUUGCUGUGCUGGAGAAGCAGCAUGCAAAGGAGCUUAAGACUUUAAUCUCUUCUCAUGAGAGAGAAGUCGCUACUCUGAAAGCUCUGAUGCAGGACCAGAAGGAUGACUUCCAGAUGCAAAGACGGCAGUUUGAAUCUGAUAAAGCAAAGUUUGAGAAGGAUAGGCUAGAUCAAAAUCAGAGAAUUUUGAAUGAACGUAUUGACUACGAAAAAGCAAAGGCAUUUGAGGAGGCGACUACCCUCAUCCGUGCAGAACGAGAACGUGUUGAAAAAGAGUUCAAAACGAGGCGUCAGAAAGACCUUGAGGAGAUAAUUGAUCGUCUCGAGCAAGAAUAUGAGCAACGAUUACAACAGGCCCAAAAACAUGACAAGCAAAGGAUUCAACAACUCUUGAAAGAUAAUAAAGCUCUGAGAGAAGAGCUUGCUUCUUCGAAGGGCACAGCUAAUCGACCCAAAAGAGUCAUUAAGGCUAUUCGCUCUUUUGAAGAAAUUAAAGAGCUAGGAUCCGAUAAAUCUACGUAUGAGCUGUUGAAGGAUGAAGUCCAGCGAUUAAUAAAGGAAGACAACAGCCAAGACCAGGAAAGUUUCAUACUGGAAUCUUUCAAUUAUGAGAGUACCUAA